GUUGUUGUCUAAUAAUGGUUUCGUAACUAUUCGUUUUUUAUUUGUGAAGCUGAAGUGAUUUUUUGAUCGACUUGUACGACGACCCAUUUCAUCAAAAGAGGCCAGCAGUUCGAGAGAAGACAAAGAAACACGAUGGGAUCCAACAUCUGAAUCUACACAUGUUCAACCAUUAGGCGAUUCGAAGAUUGAUCAAUACAGCAAUGGAGGACAAGAACGCAAGCCGUAGUGUUCGAGAACAGUUAGGACUUCAGUUCACUAUUGACUACUUGUUGUACAAUAAGGGACGUGACACUGACAACGUAGAACCAGAGGAUCGUUCCCCUCCAUCUUUUCAAGCCACGAGCGAUGAAAAGAGGAAAGGAACUCUCUCAGAACAAGAUCAUGGAAAAUCAAGUGAAGAAAGAACAGAGGAGAAACCAACCCAGUCCUACAUUGCCCUAAUUUCCAUGGCCAUCCUGGAUUCGGAAGAGAAAAAGCUCUUGCUAUGUGAUAUUUACCAGUGGAUCAUGGAUCACUAUCCUUACUUCAAAAGCAAGGAAAAGAACUGGAGAAAUAGCAUCAGACACAACCUCUCUUUGAACGAGUGCUUCAUCAAGGUGGGUCGCAGUGACAACGGUAAAGGCCAUUUCUGGGCCAUUCACCCGGGCAACUAUCAAGAUUUCUCUAAAGGUGACUACCACCGACGGCGAGCCCGGAAGAGGAUUCGCAGAGUAAUGGGACGGCUUCCCUUCUCAGCACCUGCACAUUACCUGAAACAGACACCCUGCUGGUGCUAUCCAACACCAUCCCAUCCAUUAAUGUGCUUCUCACCCAGAGUUUACGGAAGUUGGGGUGCAGAAUUUAUCACGCAACAUCCCUUCAUAUACUCGUAUGAUUGAUUGUAAUCCGGUUUCACUCCGGAUUAAAAUUUUGGCACCUGAACAGUUGGAAAUUGAAUUGUACAUAUUUUGUAAGCCAUCUUGUGCAUGGGCAUAUUUAUUUGUACAAUUAUAAUAAAAUAAA